CAACGGAUCUGCUCUCACUGCCUCAUGUGUCUCUUGUGCGCGAUGAGUGGACGCUGCUGAGCUAUGGAUAUCUACCGCAACAGCAUUUUUAGUGAACUGCAGUCCGUCCAUGAAACAGGGUAUUACAACGCACAGCUUUCCCUCGAAGACCGAUGGCAGCAGACGAUUCUAGAGAUGGAAAGGUACCUGAAAGAAGAGCCCAAAUCCUUCAAGUGUUUAGACACAAGUCCUUGGGACCGAUUUUCGCUGAAAGGAACUAAGUUCGUGGAGGACUUAGAGAGUAGUACCAGCAGUCUGACUGAUGGUGGCAAUAGUAGUGGUGCCGAGGAUCGUCUGUCGGUGUCCGACUUGGACGCCGAGCCUCUGGAGAAGGCGAGGCGGAUCCCUGCAGUAAAGGAGGUUCGACCACGAUUCGACCUUCUGGACGGAAGCAAGCGGAGGAUUCACAAGUGCCAAUUUAGUGGGUGCAAGAAAGUCUACACUAAGUCCUCGCAUCUCAAGGCUCAUCAGAGGACACACACCGGUGAAAAACCAUACAAGUGUUCAUGGGAGGGCUGUGAGUGGCGUUUUGCGCGUUCAGACGAACUGACCCGUCACUAUCGGAAGCAUACUGGCUCCAAGCCUUUCAAGUGCAGCUUUUGUGAUCGCUGUUUCUCCCGCUCCGACCACCUUGCGCUGCACAUGAAGCGGCACCAGUGACCGCUGGACCAAAGCCCUAGUCCAUCAUCGCCUACUUUUCUUUUACACAAAAGCUUUUUAUAAAACAAUUUUUUUAUACAAGAGCCUUUUUGCCUGGGUUCCUUCCUUCCCCCCAUUCGUUUUGUAUUUCGACCCAGGCCCAUUCAUUGGACCUGAGAGAUGCAGCCAUCAUCAGACUGUGGCUUGUAGUGAUGAUCAAUUAACUAAUUCACUCUUCGAUGAAUUUCCAGAUGUGCAUCGUCAUUCAUUUGUUGUUGUGUUGUUUGGUUGGUUCUUCAGUGAUGGUCGUCGAACAGAACAUUCCCGCGUUAUUUUUAUAAAUUUUCAUACUUUUCACUGCCUUGUAUUGGAAUGAGUUAUAA